UCCAUUUUUAAUUACUUUACUAAGACCAGUUGUUUGAAACAGAGCUUCCUGAAUAGUCUGACUUAAAUUACCGAAAAUGAAGUUGUACGGCUACUGUAUCGUCAUAUUGUGUUUGGCCCGACUAGACAUUGUGCAGUGUGCGAAAAUAUUGGGAUUCUUUGCAUCUAUGAGCCAGUCACAUUUCAUUGUUGAAGAGCCCGUGAUGAGAGAGCUGGCGAAACGAGGUCAUGAGGUAACAGUGGUCACAGCAUUUAAACAAUCGGGAGAGCCUUUGAAAAACUACCGAUACAUCGACAUACCGGAUUUUAUCAAUCGACCGGAAUUAGAACUUUUCCGGACUUCAGCAACCACUGGCAAAGGAAUGGGCUUCGUGCAAGGAUAUAAAAUGAUGAAACCGUUAUUGCGAUUAUCGCUAGACCUAAUGAAUCACGACAAAUUUCUGCCGUUAAAAAACGAGACAUUCGAUUUAUUAGUCGUCGGUUGGUUUAUGAAUGAGUAUACACUUGGACUAUCUGGUCACUUUAAAUGUCCAUCCGUUAUCAUUUCACCGAAUGUCAACUUUUAUAAUAUGCGAAAGUUGGCUGGAAAUCCCAGUAGUAUCUCAACGAUUCCAGGGAUAUUCGUAGACUACGCUACUCCAAUGACAUUCUUCCAACGAGUCAAAAAUAUUGGAUUUUACUUUCUGGAAUAUGCCAUUAUGGAGGGAAUGAACCAACUCUUCAUGAAACCAUUGUAUUCGGAAGGAUUUCCUCCCAGUGAAUAUCCCUCUUAUGAUGAGGUUCUGAAAAAUGUUUCGUUGGUACUGGUGACUCAACACUUCAGUGGAAGAACUCCAGAACCUUUACUACCCAAUGUGAUAGAAGUGGAAGGUAUGCAUGUGAAGAAGGAACCGAGCCCAUUGCCAGAGGAUAUCAAAGAAUUUCUGGAUGGUGCUACUGACGGUGUCAUCUUCUUCAGUCUCGGUUCAAAUGCCAGAAGUUCUGAUUUGUCUGAGGAGAGAAUUGCAAUUUUUGUAAACAAGUUCCGCGGUCUGAAACAGAGAGUACUAUGGAAAUUCGAAGCAGACCUGCCAAACCUACCAGACAAUGUCAAAAUUGGAAAGUGGCUACCGCAAGACGACAUUUUAGCACAUCCAAAUAUGAAACUUUUCAUCUCACAUUGUGGAAAGGGUGGCAUUACCGAAGCCAAAUACCAUGGUGUUCCGAUAUUAGGUAUUCCUCUUUUCGGAGAUCAACCGGGUAAUGCCGAUCAUAUUGCUGAAGAAGGCUGGGCAGUACUGCUUCCAUUUGCUGAUUUAAGUGAGAGUACGUUUCCAGCAGUUUUGGACGAGGCUCUAAAUAAUCCGACGUAUGGAAAUGUUGUAAAGAAAUUAUCAAAUUUAAACCGAGAUCGCCCCGAGCAUCCUCUGGAUAAGGCUGCGUUUUGGAUCGAAUAUGUGAUUCGUCAUAAUGGCGCUAAGCAUAUGCAGAGUCCUGCAGUUCAUUUGAAUGUUCUACAGUUCUAUAUGGUAGAUACAAUUAGUUUUAUACUCGUGGCGCUCUAUGUUUCGAUUAGGUUGAUUAAAUUUUUAUUCAAAGUGAUUCUAAGGAAAGUGUUUAGAAGGGGACAUGAGAAGAGUAAGAAAGAGUAAAAUUGCUGUGGUGUUAAGUUACGAUAAUUGUAAAUAAGUAGCUAAGAAACGUUUCUGUUAUAGGUCUUUCAAAUCAUUGCCAAAGAAAUGGAAUGUGUGAGUGAAGUAUCGCAUUUACUGUUGGAAUGGAAAACGAAAUAAAAGAAUUGUUCCGUUCCGUAAUAGAA